GGGGUCCAGGCCCCCUUUCCCUUCCAGGUCUUAUUGAACUCAAUGGUGGCAAUACAUGCCAGAAUCGUUUGUGAGAAACUUCUAUUUGAAAGUGCGAUAUUUUACCCUAAAUUAUCAUUCAUGUGCAUUUUAAACGAAAUGACUAACUUUCGGGCUCGUAAUUUAUCUGACAGUACUUAGCGUCACUUGGGGUGCCCGGGUUGUGUUGUGUUUAUGUCGAAUUCUGGCGGGAAUAUUGGAGGGAAUAUUUGGCAAUACGAAAGAGAAAGAACAAGAAUUAUUGUCAUCUUAAUCCUUCUUUAUUCUACUUACGGCUCGUGGUUUGGGAUUGAAUACUAUGAAAAGGAAAUCAAAACUUCAUAAAUCUUUGAAAGGGACACCUCCAAUCACCAAGUUCUUUCGGAGAAACCCAGGAAAAGAAUUGAAUGCUGUUGUUUCAAUUCCCGAUAUUUUUCACUCUGAUUUACCCAUGAAAUCAGUUCAUCCAAAGAAAAGUAUGGACAGUGAUACAAAAAUGCCCAGAAAUUAUCAUGCUUCCAGUGGACAAGACAAUCAGAACGAUACAAGUAUCCAUAGUAGUUUAAGAAGAUCAAAUCAAGUGAAAAAACGUUUAUUUCAUGUGUCAAAUUCUGAAAGCACAAACACGAUAUGUUUGAAGGGAAAUAAGUCUAAUGAAGAUACUUUUCAAGACGAUUUAGAAAACAUUAUUACUCAAAGAAGGAAGACUUUGUCGACGAUUUCUCGUCCGGAAAAAAAUAAUAACUUCUUCAUGAACGAUAAAUGUAGAUCGAAAAGUUUUGCCGAAGAUGGUCAGUCUCAAAAUGAGACUAUACAUACAGAUGAAUCGGAUGCUACUGACAAUAGUAAUGAUCAUGUAUCUGAUUGUUCUAAUGAUGAAAGGGAGAAAAUAACUAGGAAUUAUAAGGAUGGUCAAUCUCUAAAUGAAAAUAUACAUACAGAUGAAUCGGGUGUUACUGCAAUUAAUAUUGCUCAUGUAUCUGGUUCUUCCAAUAAUGAAAAGAAAAAGAUAACUAGAAAGGAGGUGGAUAGUCAAUCUUUAAGCGAAAGUAUGUAUACUGUGGAAUCGGAUGUUUCUGAAAUUAAUAAUGAUCAUGUAUUUGGUUCUUCCAAUAAUGAAAAGGAGAAGAUAAUUAGAAAUGACAAGGAUACAAAAACACACAACGAUAAAAAGGAGAACGACAACAAGCGUGACACUCAAAAUUUGUGUGGAAAUUUAAAUUCAAGCUCAUCUGACUCUGAUGAUAAUUCUCAUCAAAACAUCCAUUCAACUGACCCAACGAAUAAAAGUAACAUUAAUCAUAUAAAGAUGGAAUGCUCGAAAGGAGAGGAAGAUAAAGUGGUCGAAGACGUAACGCAAGGUUAUGAAUUGGACAGCGGAAAGGAAGAAUGCAGGAAUGAUGAUGACAGCUCAAGUGACGAUGAACUUUUAAAACCGGCCAGUUUUCUUCGCAAUAUAAAAUUUGAGCCAGACGUGAAAACUCCAGCAAAGUCAACCACUCCAAUUUCAGGUAGUCCGCUCACCCCAGUCAGUCCAUACAUCGCCCUAUCUAAACAAGUUGCGGUGACGUCGAAGUAUUCAGUCCAUAAACUACUUCGGGAGAAACCAAAGUUAGCCCAGAAACAAAAAGAUAUUGCCAAAAUGCAGCUGGAUAUGCAACACCAUAUUGAAAUGUGUAAAAAUGUGAACCUUGAGAAGGAUUUCUUAAAUGACGACCUCGAUGAUGAUAAAGAUCUGUUGCCGAAACAUCAAAAAGAACUUGAGCAAUAUCAGACCAUCGAUAAUGGAUUUUCUAACGAAUCAGACGAAUAUUUUGAUAUGUUCCCAAGAGUCUCUGGAUUAACUAAAUAUAAAAAUGGUUGUUGCCAACCGUUUCCCAAAGUUAACGCGUCCAAAUUGGACAAGUUCACAGAGUUUUUGUAUGAUAAAUGUGACGUCGAAAUCCAUGAACUGAUGUGUGGAAAUUGGUUGACUAACUACUUCUUGACGAAAACCUGUCCCCCUGCUGCCUUACAAUGGAUACUUCAUGUCAUGUGCUAUCAUUUGGAUUCUCACACUGUCAGAGCAAGCUACAAUGUGAUGUGGUCUAUUUUACAUGUGAAGGAAAACAAGAAACUUUCUUGGGUACCAAGUAUUCAGGACAUAGUAAAGGUUUUUCAAAAUUAUGGAUUCGAUUUCCAUUCAUUAUUCGAGAAUAACGAAUUUGUUCAGUUCGAAAUGGUGUCCGACUUGAAUUCAAGCCCAGAAAAAAAUCGUUCUGAUGAACGUCUGGAAUCUUCAUUUUUUCCUCUCUCGAACCUCACUCGAUUUGUUCAAGUUGUCACCCUCUGUAUGAACCGUUAUCCACAAGAAUAUUCAACACAAGAUAUUGAAUACUUAUUUGCUCUAUUGUAUUCUCUUGCUCUUGACUCUCGAAUGGAGUUAUCCAUUCAUGACAUCAAGACUUGUCUCCGGGCUUCGUAUGACGCCAUUUCAUCUAAACUAUGGCCAGACGAGGUGCUGAAAAUUUCCUCUCUUAUCACCCAUAUCAACGCACAUCAUCAGAAAAAGCUGCGGAUUAUCAGACUUCAACCUUAUUCAAUGCGAGGACGCGAUGUGAAGCGAUAUGCAGCAAUACAAACGUUGUCUUCCCUUUUGAAGAAGGACGAAGUAGUUGAUAGUAAUGUUUGCGUUCUUUGUGAGGCAAACAAGGAUGGUUCCAUAACGAAUUAUUUAGAGUUGCUUAAAGCGCUAGAAUCACUUGUGUCGAACAUCGUCGUAAGUGAAGACACUGACUACUACGAGUUAUACACAUUUGUUGAGCUCUUGGACAUCGUUGUUGGUGCGUCGAAGUUGACUUUGUCUGAAAAGGAAAUAGUUUUGAGACUUCGCGGGAAAUUGAGAUCCCUUCACAAGGAUAUUAGAGAUCCAAGAGCAAUGUUUAUAAGUCGUAGUAAGGUAAAGGAUUUAUUGAUUCGAACAAUGUGGAAAUUUGCCUACAUGACUCAAGGCAAGAAAGGAUUAAAGAACCAGGAAGUCAUCACUAAGUUCUUCGUCGAAGGCAGUUCCAGUCUUAAAAUCGAAACCCUGGAGAAUUCCGAGCUUUGUGAGGAAGACGAGAAUGGCGAGCAUCAGUCUCAGCUUUCUCAAAUGUCUUCCUUCAUUGUUGAUCCGCUCUCGUACACUGGAGAAUAUUUCUAUGAUGAACGUCAGGUCUCUGACUGAAGAAUUACUUUAAAUAUCGCUUCUUUAGUGUAAAAUGUUAAGCAUUGAGUGUGAAUCAAGCAAUGAUACAUAAUUUACUUCACGACGAUCGCGCAUACUGCCGCAUUGUUUAUAAUGUAAUAAGAAACUUGAUUGGUUUGAAUUAUUGACGUUUGGUUGAUUUUGUACCUGAAGUAUAAGAGUAAUUUUCUGCCUGCAGAAGAAAAAGUAUUUAGUAAAAUUCGAUCUUUUUAUCACUCCA